AUGCGUGUUGCUGGCUUACUCACUGUAGCUACAUUGGUAGCAAGCCCUUACGUGGCUGAAGCAAAUCUCAAAGAUGAUUCAGUAUCGUUGAUGGAGAAAUGCACAGGACUUGACUUCGGAUCAUGGAGUGAACAAGGUCUACGAUCGUACCUGCUAGAACGUGGUGUCGUAUCGCCUGGCUCGACGUUUGAAAAGCUUGUUCAACUUGCAAAGAAAGACUGCAGCUCGCUUGUUGAUGAAGUCAAUGCAGCUAUCGAUUCAGGUAAGGAUGUGGCGUCGUCGCAAUUUGACUCGGUUAUGAGUAUCGCAAGCUCUGUGCAAUCAGAGCUCCCUUCGAAGACAUCGGUCGUAAAGGCAAGUGCGCAACAGUUUGCUACAAAUGCUGCAAGUGAGGCACCCAAGUCAGCCAAAUCAGCUGUUACGAUGGCGAGCAAGGCUGGACAUGCUGCUUCUACAAGCAUAGCAAACCAGUGGGAUGAUGUAGCGUCAUUCAUGGACGACACGAAGGAUUAUGUGUACAGUCAUUGGAGUGAGGAAGAGCUGCGCUCCUGGUUGCGGUCGCACGGAAUUGAUCUGCCCAGUGGAUCAACGAAGCAGACGAUGCUGGAGAAAAUUCGGGAGCCAUUUGCGAAAGAGAACUUUGAGGCGCCGUACAAGCGUCUCUCGACCGACUACCUGCGGCGUUGGCUAAUUCAGCACGGCUAUCUGGCGACUGAUUUAGAGAAAACACGAGAUGAAUACCUGGAUCUUGCGAAGCAGUACUACUUCUACUUCCAAGACAAUGUGUAUGAUACGUGGACUCAGGCGGAUCUGCGCAGCUGGCUCGUGGAUCACAAAAUUAUUCCCAGUGACUGGAGCGCUACGCGUGACGAGUACCUAAAGCUUGUGAAGGACAAGUACACAACAGUGCUUGACAGUAUCUGGGCAGGUUGGAAGGAGAGCGAUAUGCGACAGUACUUGACCAGGCAGGGCGUGCUAGAUUCCCACAAGCAGUAUUCGUUUGAUGAUCUGAAGCGUCUCAUGCAAGAACAUGCACAAGCUGCUGCAUCGUCGGCAAUCAAGUAUGUAAGCUGGUCCGAUGCAAAGCUGCGAGGCUUCCUCAAGGACCAUGGUGUCAGCUUGGAGUCGCUUCCAAAGGACCGUCACGAGCUCCUUCGUCUGAUGCGGGCCUAUUAUUCGCCAAGCUGGAGUGCUGAAUGGCACGACACUAUUCUCAACUUCCUUACACGUGUGAAGUACGGCGUGCGAGAUAUGUUUGGACGCUCGGCUGAGCAGGUGUAUCAUCUGAAUGCCGACAAGAUUGGCGCAUAUGUAUCUACGGCCAAAGCAAGUGCAAGCUCGUUGCUGUAUAAUCGCGAUGAGCUUUGA